AUGACGAGAGUGACUGCCCCAAUCGCCAAGCUCACCCGCUCCCUGAGCACCACCGCCUCGGCCCCUCGCCCGAGCCAUCUCCUCAAUGCCUCCAAGACGGCCUCUGCCCGUGUCCGGCAAGAACUAGAGCAGACUGUCGAUGGCAGGAGUAGUGACACAUCAAGUACUACCCGCGGCAUAACCACCUCCCACCGGCCCGUGCCAUCGCCCACCCGCACCAUCCCUCUGAUGCAGACCUUCCACUCGUCGCCCGGCCAGUCCGCCCGCCUCGACACCAGCUCCAUCGACUACGCCGUGCUGCCCUCCACCGCGCAGCUCUACGGCGACAACGCGGCCGCCGACUCGUUCGCCCGCAUGCGCGUCCCCCUCCUGCCCGACAACUACAACCCGGACCGCAGCCACCUCGUCGCCGAGGAGCCGGACGCCCCGCUCGCCGAGCCGGAGAUCCGCAUCGUCGCCGCCGACCCGGCCAAGGUGCUGCCCGCCGCGCUGACCGAGGUCGAGGGCUUCGGCGUCGAUGGUGUUGAGCUCAAGUGGGCGCACGAGGCGGAGCCAGCCGCUGGUGCUCAGCACGCCGAGGGCGGCAUGCUGAGGGAUCUGUGGAAGGGCCUGGUCGACGAUGUCUUUGGCGAGAACAAGGCCAAGCCUGCUCUGUAG